UUCUUUAAGGAGUUGGAUCGAAUCUUUCGAACUGUUAAUGUACCACCCCCUUAAAACAUUUCAGAACUCAAAGUUUACGUUUAUUUUUGUGUUUAGUGAACCUGUUUACCACUUUGCUUUCAUUUAGGUAAUAAUCUCGCAUCAGAUGAUAUGUAGUUUUUUUCACAUCUCUGCAGUCGAAUAAAACGUUGUGCGAAUCGGUUCGUUUGAAUCACUGAAACCCAGCGAUUCUAAAAAAAGAUUCGGACAGUACUUUCUAUCGCCGAGGCGACUACUAUCGGAGAGUCCGGAGUACUUCGUGCUAUAACACUGCGCUGUAAUCAAUGAUGGGACACCCGAGUACAGAGGCAGCGCUCUUCAAGACCUUUAUAAACGAAACAGACACUUGAGACUGUCGAGAGAGGAACAUUUUGACAUUUUGUUACAUAACGCUCUCAUACAGAAAUCUUAACGCAUACGGAUCCUUCAGUCCGCUGAUGAUGAGGAUGAUGAUGGUCAAGACAGAAUGACAGCUUCUGCUUUUGCAUCGGUAACUCCAUCUUGGCUCAACGCCACCCAAGAACCUGUCAUGAAUCAGACUUGUGAGGAAAGUGAAGACUUCAAAUAUUUGGCGUACAAAGUCACGUACUGUGUCGUAUUCCCAAUUGGAUUUAUCAGCAACUCUGUGGCUUUGUUUGUGUUCCUGUGUCACACUCCAAAGAAGACGGCCAACACAGUAUUUAUGACUAACUUAGCUAUCUCAGAUGUUGGCUUCUCCUUGACGUUGCCCUUCCGUCUGGUCUACUUUUUUAGGGGUGGUCAAUGGGAUUUUCCAGACUGGUUUUGCCGCUGGUGUGUAUUUUCCUUUUACGUCAACCUGUACACAAGUGUAUUGUUUCUUACAGGUCUCAGCGUACUACGGUACAUUGCCGUAGUUCACCCCAUUCGCAACAAGUCCCUAGUUACAGUGCGGAGAGCCAGUCUAUCAUGCUUUGCGAUCUGGAUUUUUGUGGCCUGCUUGUCAACGCCUUUCCUCUUGACAGGUACUUCAGUGCGGGAUGAAAAGACACGUUGCUUUGAACCGGGGGACAUCAAGUCAUGGGAAAUCAUAUUUAUCUUGAACUAUGUGGCAGUUUUGUUUGGAUUUGUCAUUCCAUUCAUCAUAAUUCUCAUCUGCUACGGCUGCAUAAUCUUCAAACUCAUCAAAGGACGGAAAAUCGGGAGUCGUAAGAGAAAGUCCCGCCGACGCGCUGUGUAUUUGAUCGCCGUUGUCCUGAGCACAUUCCUGCUGUGUUUCCUACCAUAUCACGUCGUCCGCACUGUCCAUCUUCAUGCCAUAGUUUUAAAGAAGACCUGCCAGGUCAUUGAGUUCCUCCUAAAAGUUCUGGUCAUCUCAUUGUGCACGGCAGCGUCCAACAGUUGCUUCAAUCCAUUGUUGUACUACUUCGCAGGAGAGACUUUCCGCAUGUCUGUCCGUAGAGCGUCACAUCGUGGAACCGUUAGUUCAUUCAGCCAGAGUGGUUUUAAUCGGUCUUUUCAACGUCGAAGCCAAAGCAGCUUGCAGAAGUCGAGGGGCCAAAGCUUCACUUCCGUACGCCAAGACUGUCUGCCCUGCUCUGUGAACAGCUCCUGCCAGGUUCUAAACAAGAAGGAACCUGAGAGCUGCAAGCCUGAAAAGCAAUGCAAUCAGUCAGACUCUGAAGAAAAGCAAAUUGCAAUUGAUGAAGAGGAAAAAAUCUGA